AUUUAAAUACACUAACUAAUGACGUGAGAAAACUUAUGGAUGCAGCAACAAAUCAUAAGACGCCACGUGACAAUCUUGAUCGCUCUAUAAAAAACCAAACCUGCUCUUCUUUGGUCGCUACAGCAAAAAUAACAAUAAACAAGAUAAAUGGAGGGUCUAAUUCCGUUAGUAUACAAAGCCGUCAUGCAAAUCCGUUACGGUAACGAGUCGCAGCAACUUUCUUCUUCUUACUACGUUCGUCUUCCCGGUGAUUCGGGUCGGUUUGUAAGAUCCGAUUUAGAUGUAUCGGGUCCUGGAUCUAAUUCCUCCAAUAGGGCGUCGUCGUCGACAAGCACAACUACGUUUGCUGUUUACGCGGGAGUCCAGUCACCUGUUUCUCGUCAGGUUGUCACGUGAUUCACACGCGCUUUUUGAAGGAACCUGAAGUUGCGUGUGAGGGAAGGGUUCGUGACUUUUGUUUUGUGCGUUUUUUUUUUGUAAGUUAGGCUUGGACCGGUUUAAUAAACCUGAUGUAAUAAUUCGGUUUGGAAAAUUGAUUUCUCUAAGCGUAGACUUUAACCCAAAAGGGUGGUCUCGUGGCUUUUGAUUUGUCAAUUGUGUGUUUUCUUUUAAUUGUAUAAAGUUUCUAUGAAUAUAUUUAGUUUAUUCGAGAACAAUUGUAUGAAAUGUUUAGUUAAUGUUUUCAUGGUAUAUAGGUUGUAAAACAGGUUAAUUACGUUACAA